GAGAGAAAGAGAGAGAGAGAGAAAGAGAGAGGAGGCCUCACCUACCAAGAGAGAGAGACUCCAGUCUUCUCGUGUAUAUCGAGGCGGUUGGUGAGCGUUGCGAUUAAUACGGACUGCACCCGCGGAAUCGCAUUCCGAUCUCUCGAUGUUUUUCGAACGUUGCCCUUGUCCUUUGGAAAAAUUCGCGCCAGAAUAUCUUCUUAUCCAUUUUCUAACAAAGAUGUCACGAAUCGAUUCCUUUCGAUCGUCGUCAUUCGUUAAAGGAUUCAGCGAUCAUCCGUGUCAGUGAAAUCUUUCGUAAAAGUUGCCAACGUCGUCGAGCUACUGAACAAGUUUGGAAUCUACAUAAGAGAAGCAAGGAGAACGUUCACGAGGGCGUAAUUAUACGAACGUCGCUCUUGUGUACGUUGGAAGACAACCGAGGAGAGCGCUAAUGUCAGCGACAACGGCAACAGAUUUCUGCUCCAUAUAGGAACUCGCUUCGCCUACGAACGGAGUCUUACACGAUAAUUGCCGUUCGCUUUCACUCGGUCGGUGGAAGUUAGACUGACGGUGUUUCUUCAUAUCUUUCUUUCUCUUUCUCUUUCUCUCUCUCUCUCUCUCUCUCUCUUUCUCUCUCCCUCCUUACCUCCUUCCCUCCUUCCUUCUCUUUUUUUUUCAAGACAAAAAUUAUCGUCGAUAAUACUACGGUUAAUGAGGAUCAUAAGAAGGAAGAUAAAAAAAGAAACGAAGAAAAUCGAGAAGAAGUUUACGUCGUUCCACGCUGCAUACAUAUACAUACAACCGAUUAAAAAACACGAGGUAAUAGGAAGGAUCGUGAGGAUCGAGAAAAUCAUCGUCGAUCGAUUCGCUCGGCUGAAUGAUCGUUGUUUAAAAAAGGAAGAACUCGUACCAAUUGAUAGUUCGCGGAUAUCGCGUAUCGCGCUGUUCGCUGGGAGAAUCUAAGAAGAGUAAAUAAAAAGAAGAGGCGAGGAAAAAACCGGCAAACUGGAUGCCACAGACGGUGCCUCCCCUCCUCCACCCCCGCCCGACAUUACUGUCACCCAGGAUGACCGAUGGUUUCUUUGGAAGACCGAAAGGAAUCUUAAUGCUUUGGAAGAGAUAGAAUCCUCGUUUGAUUCUUCGGCGUUAUCGCCGUUAAGCAUCGAAAGGAGUCGCAUUAUCAACGAAGGAAAUACUUUAUUCAACGAAACGAGACACUCGAAAGGGGUAAAAGAGGAAACAAAAGGAAAAGAAUGUAGUUCUUCUCCUAGAAAUAUAAUAGAUAGUUGUGAAUAUCGUCGGUACGAUGGAAAAAGAGAGAAAGAAAAGCGAGAAGUCGCGGAGGCGAGUGAAAAUCGAUUUCUGAGAAACACGAAGGAGGAUGCACAAACACACAAAUCAAUUUCGCGGCCCAGUUGGGACCGGUAGCAACACGACUACCACGGCCAACAACAACGGCAACAACAAUAGGGGCCCUGUGAGAAGAUGGAACAGUUUCCAUGGUGGUGGUGGUGGUGGUGGUGUUGGUAUGGGUGGUGGUGGUGGUGGUGGUGUUGGUAUGGGUGCUUGUGGAGGUGGAGGAGGUGGUGGGAGCCAUCUUUUGAGCGACGCUGUUGGAAAUGGCGCCGUCGUCGCGGGAUCUUUUGUGAGGACACCUCAAGAACCUUUCAGGGCCGUACCGAAGGCCGUUCAAGCGCUGAGAAGUGAAUCGGUCGACAGGAGCCAUCGUGCUCCCCCACCACCGCCGCCGACCUUUCCGAGAAGACGAUUUUCCGUUUGCUUUGGAAAGCGGACGGGCAGCAGUGCCAGGAGACCCAACGAAUGUUUCGUCUUGGAGCCCUCCGAGAUGAUCGUCAUCGAUUAUCCAGAGGUCCAUGGAGGAGGAAGGAUGCAUCGGCCACCGCAUCCACAUCCUAUAACCGACCAUCGUCAGGUCAACCUGGUCUUCGACGACACGUUUUCACAAGGCCUGACAGGUAGGCCGGAGCUGUAUCAAAAAUCCAAUAGGAGUAGUCAUUCGAGUGAUACGAGUUCUGCGUACAGUGGCUCAGAUACAAUGACGUCUGUACAAAGUUCUUUGGAUGCGGACGCAGACGAGGUCGAUCUCUCUGGCCUCGUCGAGUCUAUAGUAGACAGCGACGAGGAGGAAGAUCUGGCUGAGAGUAUGGACAGUUUGAAUGUUCGCGAUGCUGUACGAGAAUGUCUAGAAAAAGAUCCCGUGGAAAGAACGGAAGAAGAUAUAGAGACACUUUUAGAAUUUACACAACAACUAAAGGCCUUCACCAAUAUGACACUUGCUGUAAGAAGAGCGCUGUGCGCUGUUAUGGUAUUUGCAGUGGUUGAACGGGCUGGCAUGGUUGUGUUGAAUGACGGAGAAGAACUGGAUAGUUGGAGCGUACUCAUUAACGGUACUGUCGAAAUUGAACACAGUAACGGCGAGGUGGAGCAGCUUCAUCUUGGAGAUAGUUUUGGAAUCCUGCCUACCAUGGAUCGACUUUUGCAUCAAGGCGUUAUGAGGACAAAAUGCGAUGAUUGCCAAUUUGUGUGUGUCACACAAGCAGACUAUUUUAGAAUUCAGCAUCAGGGUGAAGAGAAUACGAGAAGACACGAAGAGAAUGGCAGGGUGACGUUAGUUACGGAAUUACGAGGCGCCUUGGACGGGGGUGUACGCCGAGGUCAUGUAGUGAUUAGAGCAACGCCCGAGCGCUUAAUGCUACAACUUAUCGAAGAAAACAGUAUUACGGAUCCCACUUACGUGGAAGAUUUUUUAUUAACUCAUCGAACUUUUAUCGAUAGCCCUUUAUUAGUUGCGAGCCAAUUAUUAGAGUGGUUUGACCAAGCUCAGGUCAGAGAUCGUGUUGCGCGCGUUGUAUUACUUUGGGUAAAUAAUCAUUUUACGGACUUUGAAACGGAUCCAGCUAUGAUGGAAUUUUUAGAAGCCUUUGAAGCUGGCUUAGAAAGAGAAAAAAUGCAGGGUCAACAGAGAUUAUUAAAUAUAGCCUGCGCGGCAAAGGCAAGGACGCGGAAUGUAACAUUAGCAAGGCCUAACAGAGACGAAAUUCUCCACUUUAGCAUUUUAGGUGGUUAUGAAAGGGGUUUUGGAAUUUUUAUUUCAAAAGUUGAUAAGAGAUCGAAGGCUGAGGACGUUGGUUUAAAACGUGGCGAUCAAAUUUUGGAAGUGAACGGGCAAAGCUUCGAGCAUGUUAAUCAUGCCAAAGCGUUGGAAAUUCUAAGGAGUUCCACUCAUCUCAGUAUCACUGUAAAAUCUAAUCUUCUCGCUUUCAAGGAAAUGCUCCAAAUGCCAGACAAUUCUCCAAGGCCAAGAGGAAGGGCAAAUAAGCCAGAAAUUCCUAGACUUCAGUCUGAUCCACGCGCAAGACUCUCUACUCACGUUGAUCCUAUAACUCCAGUAAAUCCCUUGAAUCCUUUAGUAGGUGGGGUUCAUCUCUUGAUAGCAGAUAGUAAUGUUUCUCCUUGUAAGGAUGCUAAAAAAGAGCAUAAAGGAUUUAUGACUCUUGGACCUAAACGGAGAUUACAAAAAGCACUUAUGAAAAUGAAUAUACUGCCAAAGAAUACAAUCAACGAUGGUGUGCACUUAGAUGAUCCUCUCGCUCCACCACAUACACCGCCAGGAACGUGCGGUUCACAAACCACAACUAAUCUUUAUCACUCGAAAAGUAAUCCAGAUCUUACAUCAUUAUAUUGUUACGAUGAUCUUAGAGCACCGGAUUAUCCGGAACACGUAUUAAAGGUUUACAAGGCUGAUCAAACUUGUAAAUAUCUUCUCAUUCACAAAGAGACAACGGCGCACGAGGUGGUAAUGCUCGCGCUACAGGAGUUUGGUAUCACCGAGAGUAGUUCGAAUUUCUCUUUGGCGGAAGUGAGUGUUGGCGAAGGUGGGAUGAUUAAGCAGCGUAGAUUACCAGAGCAGCUGCAAAAUCUUGCAGAAAGAAUCGGUUUAAGUUCGCGUUAUUAUUUAAAGACUAACGGUAUAUCCGAGACUUUAGUAGCGGACGAGCAAGCGCCGGAACUUAUCCGUGAAUCUCAAGUACAUUUUCUACAAUUAAAUGCUGUGGAGGUAGCCAUCCAAUUGACUCUACAGGAUUUUAGUAUAUUUAGACAAAUCGAAUCUACAGAGUAUGUGGACGAUUUAUUUGAAUUAAAGAGCAGGUACGGAAUACCAAUGCUCAGUCAGUUCGCGGAGCUAGUCAAUAGAGAAAUGUUUUGGGUCGUUACGGAAGUUUGUUCCGAGCACAAUCUUGUACGCCGUAGCAAGAUUAUAAAACAAUUUAUAAAAAUAGCUCGACAAUGCAAAGAAUGUAAAAAUUUUAAUUCGAUGUUCGCAAUUGUAUCUGGUCUUGGUCAUGGCGCGGUGUCGAGAUUGAGAGCAUCUUGGGAAAAACUGCCAAGUAAAUAUCAGAGAUUAUUCAGUGAUCUACAAGAAUUAAUGGAUCCUAGUCGCAACAUGAGUAAAUACCGUCAACUAGUAGCGUCCGAACAAACGCAACCACCGAUCAUACCCUUCUAUCCUGUAGUCAAAAAAGAUUUGACCUUUAUUCAUCUGGGUAACGAUUCUAGAGUAGAAGGUUUGGUGAAUUUCGAGAAGCUCAGAAUGAUCGCGAAGGAGGUCCGAACGUUGACGAAUAUGUGUUCGUCUCCGUACGAUCUGUUGACCAUGUUGGAAAGAGGUGGACAACCACCGAGUUCCGCGAUGGUAGCAUUGAAUCAAAUGACAACGGGUAAUCAAGGUGGUCAAACAGCAACGGUCAAACGACGUAAGAAGUCGGCAGCGGCACCGAAUCCGAAGAAAAUGUUCGAAGAAGCACAAAUGGUUCGAAGAGUAAAGGCAUAUCUCGCGAACAUGAAAGUGAUUACCGACGAGGAACGAUUGCACGCUCUUUCCGUCGAUUGCGAACCUCAUGCCGGUGCUGUCGCCAUUGCUGCGGCGGUACCACUCACUGGAAGCCGGGGGAGAAGGCAUCCUUCUCCUACGCUUUCAACUACGAGUAGUGCCAGCAGCACGAGCGAGGGAAGAAAGAGCAUACAAGGUACAAAGUUCGGAGCUGCCUCGCCUCAGGCAGUAAGGAAGAUGUUGGCUCUUUCAGAUCCUCACAAAACUCGACCGUAUCAACCUAAACAUUGUCCACCACCCCUUCCAGUACCUGGAUUGGCAUUGCACUCUAGCGGACUCGAGCCGAGUCCUGGUGCACCGAGAAGAGUCGGUUCCGGUAGUAGAGUUCCGAUGCACGAAAGAUCGCACAGUGAUACACCUUCGAGUUUACCACCACCUGUCGAUCUCAGUGCCGAGAGUAGCAGUGUCACAAGUCUGAGUAAUCUUCAACCAUUACGGAAAACCUUAACGAGCGGUUCGGUGACGAGCAGUGAUAGCGGUCACAGUACUCAACUGGACAGUCAUAGUGGAAGCAGCGUAGAGGCAGGUGGCAGUCCGCCACCACCGCAAAGACGGCAUUCCGCCAUGCAAGACACGAGUACGAAUCGAGGAAACGCGAAUGAUUUGUAGAAAUGUUUUAAUUAUCAAUUUAAUAUCGAUCGUUUUAAUGUGUAUUAUCCUUUAUCAAAAGUAUUUUCCUCUGCUACGAAUCCUUCGUCGAAUUUUAAUGAUCUGGUCGAGCUUUAAUUUCGAAGAAACGUAUGUCCCAUGGCCGUUCAUCUUCAUUUUCUCUCCUUCGCGAAAAAGUCGAUCGUCUUACAUAUGUAUAUCUCUGUACAGGAUUUAUUUUAAAUAUAUAUCAUCAAAUUUACAAGUUUAUUCUACGUCUUAGGAAAAAGGUCUUAAAAUAUACGUAAGUCUUUUCUGUCUAUGUGUUAUUAAAAGCAUGCGUUUCGAAUUGUUGUCAACAAAUUUUUUUUCCUUUACUCUGCUUUCGAAUUAAAUUAAUAUAGUUUCAUCAUUCAUAGAUGAGAAACAAGAAUUUGAUAGAAUAAUUUAGAUAUUUUUCACAAUUAUUUACUACGCAUUUUCGAAAGUUUAAAAUAGCUAAAAUAUAUAUAUAUAUAUGCAUAUUGCUUGUAAAUUUGAUGACAUUGGGGACAUUCAUUAGCGCGUAGUUCUAUUGGUAUAAUUACUUCGUUAAUAUUGUUGUAACGAAAAUAUCGGUAGAAAAACAAACAAAAAAGAAAAAAAAAAAUCGUGCAGCUUGUAUAUUCGCACCUGUUUUUUUUAUAUAAUCGUUUUUAAUAUAUACAUCUUGGAAAUUCCAUAGCUUGCAUAAAUCGUCGCUUUCAGCUUAUCUUCUUCUUUUUUUUUUGUAUUUUUUUUUCUUUUUCUUUUUUUUUUUUAUGAUUACGAUAUUACCACAACAUUCAGCUUUUGUAUAGCAAACGACCUGCCGUUUCUCGUGCACUCGAAAAAAUAUUUUGUAAUAUAUUAUACGUCUCCGUCAUUUUUAUGAACGGGAAACGAAAAAGAGCGCGGCUGUCUCAUUUCUCUUUUACACUUGCUCUCCAAAAAGUGGCUCAUGCUUCUGUCUGUCUAUUUGUGUGUGUGUAUAUAUAUAUAUAUAUAUACAUAUAUAAAUAUACAUGAUAUAUAUAUAUACACA